AUGAGUAUCAAGGGCAAUCCAUACAAGGAGUCUAUGCGACGCCUCGUUACUUAUGUGGGACUCCCAGACUACGGAACAGGGCAAACAGUGUGCCCGCCUCCCUCAACUGGGACGGAGGCAUUGUACUUCCAGACUUCAGAGUCACCAGAGUGGAGAGCGCACCUAGAGUCACUUCCAUGUGGAGAACGGCAUAAAGCUUCCGUUCGGCGACGUCUCUCUGCACGCUUAUGGUUUGCGGCACAAAAUGACCUGUGUUUGUGGUGCUGGUUUACAAGAAGCAUGUGCAUGUGCCCUCAGCUUGAGCAGCAUCGGGCACAGAUAGUCUCUGAUCAGUUGCACUCAGACGUGAAAGUGACGAUGGUAAUGCACGCGGCGGAAAUGAUGCGAGCAACAAACUCGGGGCAUAUUGCAGCCUUUAUUUUAGGUGCUUCCGUCCGUGUUUGGGGCGUGGAAGAAGAUGAUUUGUAUCUGGAAGGGUUAUCGGUUGUAGAUGAGGAGGACAGCGGCUUCUGUAUAGCUUCUUUAUACCCAGAGUCGGGCGCCAUGCUGGUGGAGAACUUUGUACAGAGCCUUUUUCAAGGCCAGAAAGUUCACUUGCUUCUUUCGGAUGGAACUUGGGGGCAGGCUAACUCACUUAACCGGCACAUUCCUCAGCAUAUUCCUCGGGUGGCACUGGAUGUGGAUGGAUCAUACACGUCGCUUUUUAAAGCCUUGCGCAAAAGGACAAGAGAAACGGGUGUUUCGACACUUGAGGCCACGGCCAUGGCUAUGGAACAAUGCUUACGGGGGCUAAAUAGCGACUCCACCGAAACUGCAUCCUCUAUCAUGAGUGUUUUAACAACAGCUAUGAAGCAGUUUGUCGACCUAAGGUGUCUGCUGAAGUUUCGGGAUGUCUGUUUUGGGCAGGAAAAGGCCGUAGUUUCCAGUUUCAUUGAACAACGCGACGCCUGUCGUCGUAGCGCGUCGUUGGAUCGCCUUAGAAUACUACAUCAGAAGGCCUGUAACGAUCCUGAAGCACGAAAAUUACUUCUUCCCCCCGUCUUAAACUACUGCUACACGUGUGAUGUGGUUGUGGGAUGGCAUCGUAUGGUGGAACAUGCGCUGGGCAGAAGCCACCGAGAAGCGUUAGGGGAAAGCCUGCCCUCUACGCCUAGUGAAUGGUCGCGUAACCGUGUCUGCACGCCGUAUCCCAUAACGUUUAAUGGGUAUUUGAACUCCAAGUGA